GAUCCAGAAAUAUCAUCAUAAACCCACCCACAAGAGAAGAAGAAGAAGGUGAACGAACAGCACAGAGGGAAAAGAAGAAGAAGAAGAAGAAGAAGAAGAAAUGGCAACGAUAGCAGGUCUGAGCCUGUCAAACCCCAGGGUUACCUUCAAGGCAUCAGGUUCGCUGCAAAAUGCCCAGGCCAUCAAGUUAUCACCACCACUACUCAGGCGAGGGAUGAUCGGGUCGGGUCGGAUGGUGGUGGCACGACCCGUUCGUGCUGCGCCAGAGAGAAUAUCGGAGAAGGUUGAGGAGAGCAUUAAGAAUGCGAAGGAGACGUGCGCGGAAGACCCGAGUAGCGGCGAAUGCGUGGCGGCGUGGGAUGAGGUGGAAGAGCUGAGCGCGGCGGCUAGUCAUGCAAGGGACAAGAAGAAGGAAUCCGACCCGCUUGAGGAUUACUGCAAGGACAACCCGGAGACCAUUGAGUGCAAAACUCAUGAUAACUGAGUCUGAUCUGAGAGUCCUAUUUUUAACUAAAACUGUUACAUGAUAUGAUUAUGAACCAGAUUUGUAAUGUUUUUUUUAGCAUGAUCCAUGGCAUCUUAAGAAGUGUACCAGCUCUCAUCAUAGAUUCCUAGGAACUUCUGUUUUAAUCAAAGGGAAAUUAUCAA